UGUUUUAGCAUAUUUCGGUUCUAAUAAGCCAGCGACACUGAGUUAGUAGCGGGCCAUCCCAGAUAGUGUGUGUGUGCGUGCGUGCGUGUGUGUUACUAUGUGAGCGAAGGGAAAAGAGUGCCGCAGAAAGAGAUCGUUUGGAUGGUGUCAUUCCGUAGAAUCACACAGGUUCUUUGUUGCCGUGCAGCUUUUUUUCCCUUAUUCUCGCAGUGCAAGUGCAGACCCGGGAACGACGUCUCUCUCACUGCACAAGUGCAGACCUCCAUGUGUAUGUGUGUGUGUGUGUAUGGUUGUGAUGGGUGUGAAGAACGGGUCGAAUUUCUAGCAGCAGUUGAAACCACGAACGUCGUCACUCGUAAACUGUUUGUUUUAGAAGUGCGUACAGUGUGCAUUUGUGUGUGUGUCUGUGUGUUUGCAGCGUUGUCAAGCUAGGCAGAUCGUGGUGUGUCAUAGCAACGGAAAAGGGCUGGCAGCCGGCCGGGACAAGAGGGAAACGAUAAAGCAGAAUACAGAAGCAGCGAACGCGCGCGCGUCUGCAUUAAUUACUAAACCGGGCGGCGAGGACCAUCCACGUACCCACUGCCGAACAGCAAAUCGUACGGCAACAACUGGGAAGGAACGAAGUCACUCCAAGCAAGACGACGACGACGGCGACGGUCGUGCACACAAUCGCUCCACUCGGCGUGGCCUUUGAGCUAGGGUAGAGAAGAAUCAAAUCAUCAUCAUCAUCGUUAGUAGAUUCGUCAUACUUCUUGCGCUGCCGCGCAACAUCUGUACCCUGCCCGUAGUUUCCGCCCCGGUUGCGGCUGCCCGGUCUGCUCAAUGCAUCUGCCCGCCUUACGACGACGGUGUACCACUAUCGGUGGCUAGGCAAGUGGUCGUACACGAGUACACUGCAGGUACUACUAGACGUAGCUGUGCUGCGCGCCCAACCUUCCCAGACCGCGCGGACUGCCGUUGCGUGCGCGAUGGAUAAUUCGCGUAAUGAGUCGAAAAUGUCGCGACUGGCCGACUAUUUCGUCAUCGUUGGAUACGAUCACGAGAAAGAGCGAACCGGUUCGAGGAGUGGAAAAAUUAUUCAAAGAUUUCCCGAGAAAGAUUGGCCCGACACACCGUUCAUAGAAGGAAUAGAAUUGUUCUGUCAGCCACAAGGAUGGGCCCUCUCCACGAUUCGCCAGGAGCCCCAGUUCUUUGUGUCGGUGCUCACCGACAUGGAUGGCAACCGGCAUUACUGUGCGUGCCUGAGCUUCAACGAAACGAUCGCUAUCACGCCGAGCAAACCGAUCGACGAGGAGGAGGAGGACGACAAUCUGUCCCCGUCGGGCGGCGGACCAGCAGGCGGCGGCGUGCUGGCCAACAGUGGUCCGCCCUCCAUCACGCACCAUAGCAUCAUGUAUGCGCCCAAGUGUCUCGUAAUCGUCUCGCGGCUGGAGUACAUCGAAGCGUUUCGCAACUGUCUCGGCACGAUCUACACGGUGUACCUGGAGAGUCUGAAGUUUCAGCUGCACUACCUGAUCGGCAGCAUUCUUGGCUGCAUACAGGUGCCGCCGCCCGGUGGACCGCCGGUACGCUUUUCGAUCGGUGCGGGCGACAAGCAGAUCCUGCAGCCGCCGCUCUCAAACACGCUGCCUGUGACCGGAUCGUGCGUCAGCGUGCUGUUCCACCAGCUCGGCAUCAAGAACGUGAUGUUGCUGUUCUGCGCCGUCAUGACCGAGCACAAGAUACUGUUUCACUCGACCAGCUACACGCGCCUUACGGACAGCUGCCGGGCGCUGACCGCGCUAAUGUACCCGUUCCGGUACAGUCUCGUUUACAUUCCGAUACUGCCCGCCUCGCUGCUGGAGGUGCUGACGAUGCCGACCACCUUUAUCAUGGGCAUCCACAGCUCGUUGCGGUCGGAGAUAAGCGAAAUACUGGACGUGAUCGUGGCCGAUCUCGACGGUGGAUCGAUACACAUUCCCGAGUCGCUGGUGCCACCGAUCGCCCGGCUGCCGGCUUCGCUCUGGGACUCGACCGAGCAUGCGCUGCGGAUGGUGCUGCAUCCGGAGCUGGCGCUGGCAGAUCUCGCCUUUCCGGCCGGCAGCAGUCUGCACGGCCCGGGGCUAAACAACAACAUCAACCAGAGCAUGGCGAUGGCACCGAUCGGCGGCGGCAUUAGCAACGGGUACAGCUUCCGCGAGCAGAAGAACGACAUUAUGCUGGACAAGGAAAUACGGGCCGUGUUUAUGCGCCUGUUUGCCCAGCUGCUGCAGGGUUACCGGUCCUACCUCACGCUCAUUCGCAUCAACCCGAAACCGAUCAUACAGUUCCAUCGGGCCGGCUUUCUCGGAGCGCGCGAGCUGGUGGACUGCGAGUUUCUGUCGCGCGUGCUGGACAGCAUGUUCUUCACGGGGUUUGUGACCGAGCGCGGUCCACCGUGGCGUGCGUGCGAUGCGUGGGACGAACUGUACAGCACGAUGAACGAUCUGCUCAAGUCGGAAUUGCUCGAUCCCGCCCUGGUGCUGGUCCACAUACAGGAUCUCGCGAAGCAGCUGUACGCGAACGAGUACCCGAACCCGCAGCCCUUUCAGCAGAAAAUUCUGCGCCCCCCAGACGGCGCGUUCGCGCGUAUUCAUCAACCCCCGAUGCCGCUGAUCGACGCGCAGGAGGUACAGAACGUGAUCAACGAUGGGCUGCAGGCGAAUGAUUUGCAGUCGCGCAUGCAGCCAGUGCGGGUCAAGCUGCGCAUCGUACCGAUGGGACCGUACCUGAAGCCGGCCCCGCAGGAAACGCGCCCGACCGUGAACAACAGCGCCCGCAAGCUGGAGGUGCUGCGCAACUGCAUCAGCUGCAUCUUUGACAAUAAGAUCACGGAGGCGCGCAAGAGCUUCCCGGCGGUGCUGCGGAUACUGAAGCAGAGGGAGGCCCGGCUCACCAUGUGCCGCGAGCUGGCUAAGAUCGGGCAGGGCAACAAGCAGCUCGACCAUCAGCAGUUCGAUCUCGUAAUCAAGCUGAUGAACCGUGCGCUGCAGGACGACUCGGCGAAGGACGAGUACGGGGUGGCGGCGGCACUGCUGCCGCUGUCCUCGCUGUUUUGCCGCAAGCUGUGCACGGGCGUGAUACAGUUCGCGUACACCUGCAUCCAGGACCACCCGGUGUGGAAGUCGCAACAGUUCUGGGAGGACGCCUACUACCAGGAGGUGCAGACCGCGAUCAAGGAGCUGUACCUGCCGCUAGCGAACUGGCCCAAGCCGAGCGGAAUCGGGGGUGGCAUCGGUGGUGGCGGCCUUGCGGACAGCAGCGCCCUGCUGUCGCAGUCCAUGUCGCGCGACAAGCUGGACCGUGCGUCGUUGCUGUCGCGCGCCCAGGAACCGUCGGCGCUGGAGAUUGCUGCCGACCAGAUGGGCAAGUGGGCCACGAUGGACGCGGUCACGCAGAAGGAGCUGACGAACAAGGAGGAAAGCACGCUGUACAGCCACGCGAUACACUACGCCUACCGGAUGGUGUACCUGCUGGUGCCGCAGGACGUCGGCGGGGCCGUCGGCCGGGUGCAGCGCGACAAAGACGGCCGGCAUCUCGAGGACGACACGAGCGUGUCGAACAGUGUGAUCGAGUCGCGCAGCCACAACAGCGACCACAACAGCGACGAAGGGUUCGAGGAGCACGAUCCGGGCGAGACGGGCAGCGCGGUCACCAAGAUGGUUUGCAAGUUCAUCGAUCGCGUCUGCACCGAGGGCAACGUGACGGCGGAGCACGUGCGCAACCUGCACCAGAUGGUGCCGGGCACGAUCCAGAUGCACAUCGAGACGCUGGAGGCGGUCGCGCGGGAAGCGAAGCGCAUACCGCCGAUCCAGAAGCCGAAGCUCCAGUACCCGGUGCUGCUGCAGGAGGAGAAGAUUAUCGGCGAGCUGCGUGCGUACCUGCUGGCGGACGGGCGGGAAGACAAGGAGGGCGGCAGCAGCGGGACGAUGCUGCCGGCGGAGGGUGCCCUCUUCCUCACCAACUAUCGGGUGGUGUUCCGCGGGUCGCCGUGCGAUUCGUACUCGUGCGAGCAGAGCGUGGUGCGCGCGUUCCCCAUCUCUUCGCUCACCAAGGAGAAGCGGCUGACGGUGAUCUAUCUGCAGCAUCUCGAACAGGUGCUGCCGGAGGGGAUGCAGCUGCGGUCCUGCACCUUCCAGCUGAUAAAGGUCGCAUUCGACGAGGAGGUGCCGCAGGAGCAGGUCGACGCGUUCCGCAAGGCGGUGCACAAGAUCCGCCAUCCGGAGGACGAGUUCGGGCACUUUGCGUUUGCGACGCACGGGCUGGCCCAUCCGGGGCUGCUCGGGCCGGGCCACAAGGUGAAGGAGAAGAACGCCACGUUGAAGGAUUUCGCGAAGAAAACGCUCCUGCGGACGGCAAUGAAGGCCGGGUUUAAGCAGAAGGCGGGCGCCACCAAGCGCAAAUACAUACUGCCCGGCGCGGUCGAGUAUGACGAUGCGUACGGUAGCGGUGGGCUGCUGGGGGUCGGUGGCCCGAGUGGAGGUGGCAGCUCCGGGGGCGGUGGAGGCGGUAUGGGUGAGAGCAACAACAAUAACGACGACGACGACGUGUCGGACGAGGGAACCGAUACGCUUCCACGCGUGCACGUGAAGGACGUGGAGCGGCUGAAGGAGCGUAGCUACGUUCGCGACUGGUUGCGGCUGGGGCUGGGCGAUGUGCAGACGACCGGUUACCGGAUUUCACCCGUCAACAGCAACUACAGCAUCUGCCGGACGUACCCGGCGAUGCUGGUGUGCCCGAAGGAGGUGACGGACGAUUCGCUGCGAUGCAUGGCGCGGUGCUACAAGCAGCACCGCAUACCGGUGGCAACUUGGCGACAUCGGAACGGAGCCACGCUGCUGCGUGGCGCCAUCCCGCAGGCCAAGGGCGUGAUGGGGAUGCUUAAGGGCCAUCCCGGUUCGGCGAAUGCGUCCACGGAUAGUACGAGCUUCCAGGAGCAGGAUCGCUACUUCGUACAGGUGAUCAAAAUGACACCGCACACCCGCACCAUUCGCCAUCAGGCGUGGGGCGGACUGUCCGACUCGAACAUCUCGCUCGACUCGCUCGCCCUCGCCGCGAGCAAUCUGAUGACGCGCUCGGACAUGUCCACACUCACGCCGGACACGGGACGGAAGCAACAUCACCACGGGCAUCACGAGGCGGGCAACGGUGGGGCCAAUGCUGGCGGCGGCGGCGGCGGUCUGUAUUCGAUCAACAAUUCCUCAUUCUCCAGCUUCGGAGCGAUGCGAUCGAACAUCGUGAAGUCGAACAAGUGGGCAUCGCUGAAACCGAACCGCAACUCGACGUCGGCAGCGGUCGGCGCCGGUCCCGAUUCGACCAGCCUGCGGGACGUGAACCAUUGGGAGCGGGACGGUGCCGGCGGUAGCCAUCACCAUCACCACCAUCUUCACCACGGUGGAGGGGCAGGGCCGGGACAUCCAGGUGGCGGCCAGCAGUCGCACUACGCAUUCCAGCGCGUUCCGCUCUACUUUCUGGGCGAAAAGUCCCAGUCCAAGUCGGCGAAGCUGUCGGAAAUGUACGCCGAGUUCAUUCCGGUCGACUACACGGACGUGCGGCAUUCGCGCACGGCGUUCAAAAAGCUGAUGCGUGCCUGCCUGCCGUCCUGCGACACGAACGAGCCGGACCAAACGUUCGCCAAGCUGGUGGAGCAGUCGGACUGGCUGCAACAGAUUCGCGGCCUGCUGCAGCUCUCCGGCGCCGUGGUCGAUCUGAUGGACCUGCAGGAAUCGAGCGUGACGCUAGCGCUCGAGGACGGGUGGGACGUGACGGCGCAAAUUUCCUCCCUCGCGCAGCUCUGUCUCGAUCCGUACUAUCGCACGAUCGAGGGCUUCCGGGUGCUGAUCGAGAAGGAGUGGCUCGCGUUCGGGCAUCGGUUUGGCCAUCGCAGCAAUCUGAAGCCGAACUCCAGCUCCGGCUCCCCGUUUGCGCCGACGUUCCUGCAGUUCCUGGAUGCGGUGCACCAGAUACAGCAGCAGUUUCCGCUGGCGUUCGAGUUUAACGCGUUUUACCUGCGCUUCCUGGCGUACCAUCAUGUGUCGUGCCGGUUCCGCACGUUCCUGUUCGACUGCGAGCUGGAGCGGGUCGAUUUUGGCAUAACGGCGAUCGACGAUAAGCGCGGCUCGCUCAAUUCGCACCACAAGCACGUGGUGGAAGCGCUCACGAUUUCCGACGACGAUAAUCUCAUCUAUCCCGGCAUGGGCGGCGGUAGCGGUGGUGGCAACGGCGGUGUGCCGGGAAGUGGUGGCCCCGGUGGCCCCAUCGGCGGUUCUUCGGCGGGUGGCGGCAGCGGCGGUGGCGGCGGUGGCGUGCUGGGCGGCGCCAGAAACACCAACACGCAAAAGUUUGGUCCCUCGCUGUUCGACUACAUCGAACGGCAGCAUGCCAAGUCGCCCAUGUUUUACAACUUUAUGUACACUCCCGAUCCGGAACGGACGGUGUUGCGGCCGCAGAGCGCGAUAUCGGUGCUGGAGAUUUGGUCGUACUAUCUCGGGGAGGAGCUCGCCCAGGGACCGCCGUACGAUCCGGAGCUGGUCGGUAGCGACAAUAUGGAGGACGACUGUGAUUACAUGUACUCGACGGCGGCGGGCGGUGGCGGCGGGCCGGGCAAUGCUGGCAGCUUGGGUAGCACCAGCGGUACCGGCGGUCCGUCCGGGGCGAUGAUGCUCCGACAGCCGAGACGCCGUGUGGUGACGGUGAACUAUGACAGCUUGAGCCGGUACGAGGCGGACGCGUUCACCAAGCUGCUGGACGAGCUGAAGACGGCCGAGGCGGAGCGAGGGCUGUUGCCACAGAAGUGGCGCCAGGUGUGGGACAAGCUGGAGCCACCGCAUUCGGAUUCGCUCACCCGUCAUGCGUCGUUCAGCAGUGCGCUGGUGCGCUCGCACGGUCGACUGCUGCACAAAAGGUCAACGCUGGAAAUUCUUAUGCGCGGACGGCAGGCAGGAUUCCAUCAGGAGAACUUUUUGCAUCCUCAUCGCUUUGAAAAGCACGUGUACUCGGCACCGGUCAACUGUAACCACUGCGGUAACGUUCUCUGGGGCCCUUUGCUGAACGGUUUAAGGUGCGUUGAUUGUGGCAAUACCUAUCAUGAGAAAUGUGCGGAAUCGGUUCCGAAAAAUUGUACCAAAUACAAGGCGGUGGAAGGUGGCAAUCAGCCGACGCUGGCCCGUACGCAGGGCGACAAUAAUAGCGUUUCGUCCAGUGUGAACACGACCAACACCAACAGUCAGCAUUACUACGAACAGUACGACAGCAAGGUGGCGGACGAUCGCACCCAUGAAGGCUACCUCUACAAACGCGGCGCAAUCUUAAAGAACUGGAAGCAGCGUUGGUUCGUGCUGGACUCGCACAAACAUCAGCUGCGGUACUACGAUACAAUGGAUGAUUGUAGCUGCAAGGGGUAUAUAGAGCUGGCUGAAGUACAAUCGGUCGCGCAAGCGCCACCACAAACAGCACCAGCACCCUCGAAGAAGAUCGAUGAUCGUGCAUUCUUCGACCUCAAAACAAGCCGCCGAACGUACAAUUUCUACGCCCAGGAAGCGUCCAGCGCGCAGGAGUGGAUCGAGAAAAUUCAAGCCUGUCUGCAGUAAAGGCACCGUUGUCUACCUACCUCCCUCGUCCUCGGUAUUAGGCUGAUACUUUAUAUCGCGUAGAGCAUUGAGUAGCACGGUCUCGAAGUAUGUAGCUAAACGAAAAUAUUCGCAUUCGCGUGGCAGAAGAGUCUAGUCUGUGUAAGCAUGCCACCAAUCAUUAUUUGAUCCAUUUUAGCUGUUUGCGGUAUUUAUUUUUGACUAUCCUAGAUGUCCUUCCGUUUUGUUUCGUUUCGAAUUGCCUACAAGGUACUGCUGUCCGCUCGAGAAGAGGCGUGCUCGCACCGCUCUCUGUCCACCGCUAUCGGUAUUCGCUUAUGAGCACCUCUCAACCUCUUCAAUUUAGUAGUGGACGUAAUAAUCGUAAUGCUCAACCGACAAAAUGCCACGGAAAUGCCAGCUGCGUUUGCCGUUUCAAAGGAUCGAACGAUAAACACACAGUUGCUUAUCGGAUCGGAUGUAUUUUAGAUUCAGUUUUUCGUUUUGCUUUGGUUGACCGGAAUGGACGACGCGGUGGCAUUUGUUCCGGUAGAUAGCUAAUUUAUUUAGCACUUGAGGCGAUUUACACGCCUUCGAAGUGAUGCGGGUUAUCUCAUUCUUUUACUGUUACUGUUAAGCUAAGACCCUUUGGUUUAUUUGUUGUGUUUCAUAUCCUUCUGCUACGAACCCGGGGGACGGGAGGGGAGUUUAUGAAAUUUUAGAUUUAGAUGUCGCUCUGCGUGCAAACUGCUGCGCUCCACAUCUACUGUAUGAUUUGUUUGUUUUCACUUUGCACCAAAGUGAAGAACGAAUUCCCUCCCCAAUCUUCCCGAAACGCAUCGCUCAAUAAUCGGCAAGUGGGAGAACAGCCGUACAACAACUACUUGUGGCUAUAUCGGCUCGAAAUAUGGGAACCGUACGAUCACAAGUAACGUUUUCUAUUAUUUAAAUGUGAUAUGUGAUGUAAUAAGGUGACGUAGCACCAGCUGCAAAGGGUAAACUGUAAGCCGUAGCAAUAGCGUGCACGCCUCCAAGAACGGGAGGUGUACAUACCUCUAUACACCAAUAAUCGAUAAUAACGUAAGAGUAGAUAACAGCACAUUGUCAGCUUUGUAUCCGCAAGGUACACUAUCGGGCUGUUGGUGGCAGCGCUCGACGAAUGUAUCGCUUUUUUUCCUUCCCUUUUGAAGUCGCAAUGAUUUGGGCGUUGUUACAGCUGCAUCGUUAGUGUGUAAAAUAAAUGCUUAUCAAAGCUCUAGGCUAAAUCAAAUUGAUCAGUACCCGUCGCACCACCGGUACGAUGUGUGCGUAUCUGCCCGUUUCACGAUAUUCCCGAUAUAUUAACCUAUCGUUAUUAAACGGGUUAUGCCGACGACGUUUCAUGCCGAGUGCCAUGCCAGUCGAUACUAAAGCAUAGUCGAUGUGUGUUUAGGGGGUGUAUGUUUCGUAGGCUCCUACCAUUUUUUUUGUCUUAAAUUAAGAACCAACAACUGCCAGUGAUCGGUGAAAAGCUGCGUUUUGUUUUCUGCCUUCACUUCCUAUACAUCCCACAUUAGAUGAUAUACUUCCAAAGAUACGAGAUAUUAGAAUGCUCUGUUUAGCAGAAGACUAGCCAGAAAUCUUACUGUUGUAAAUUAGCCGCUUAAUUGCUUGAAAUAUGAUCUGAAAUGCAAAACACGCAAAUAGGGACGGGAACACACACAAACAGGCGCGCAAUGGGGGUACAGGGUUCGUUGUUACUUGUUAUCGGAUGGUUCGGAAAAUUGCUACCAAGAAUAGUUUACUUUGUAGAUACACUGCGCUAAAUUAUUAUCCGUUUGAGCUUAGCCUAUUACCGAUACCGAAUUCAUAUCAGUUUUCAACAGGGUACAGGGUCGAUGUUGUAGAAAGAUAGUCAAACAUCUUGCUCUUCAGCGCGUCCGCCAACCUGCUGUUCAAUCUUCCCACCAACUGCUUUACUUAAACUUUUACGCAUAGCAUGACUAUACGGGGCUGGAAAUGGUUAUUUUCCGAAGAUUUACCGUCAUACCACAUUUAAAGGGAAAAUCAAUUUACACUGUCAAAGUUUUUGGUACAUUCGAAAGAGCAUCGAUAAGGGUUCGUACAUGCGUAUUCAAGGUGGUAAGCAAGAGGCAAACCAAAAAAAAAAAAACGAAAACACAAAACCCGUGCUUCUAUAAAGUACAGACAGCAGCAAUAUAAUAUUUGUGGUAGAAAGGCACACCAACUAAGUACGCACUCAAGUAAAACCGAAAGCGACCUCAAGCCGAUCGUACAUUCAGUUGCAAGGUCUGCCUGUUACAAGUGUAUCUUGCGUAUAAAUAAAUGUAUGUUGUACAAAAUGAA